CACAAGUUAAACUUUAACGAGAAUCAACACAGAACCUAACAUUACGAUUAUUUUCAGGUUGUUUUGUUUGUUUUUAAAAACAUGGCUUUUAUUUUGAAAGUGUCUUCGACUUUCCUGUGAAAGUGAAAGUUAGAAUUGAUCGAAGAAGAACAAAGGUGACGCACAACUUAACUGUGCGCGAAGAAGGCAGGAAAAAACACGAUCUUUCAGCUGCAGAAAUGAGCGCCAGGAGAAAGAGGAAGACAUCGUGCGACAGCGCGGCAUCUGAGCCAGCGACUCGCUCACGGAGGAAAGAAGAUGAGUCCGUGUUUCCCAGUGGUGACUCGUUGAAGAGCAACGCGUCCAUGCACAUGCCACCUAAAUUCAGUGCUGAGAAACCAGAGAGUUCACAGAGUGGUGACUCGUUGAAGAGCAACGCAUCCAUGCACAUGCCACCUAAAUUCAGUGCUGAGAAACCAGAGAGUUCACAGACGAGUGCCGCCGAGUCCGUGUUUCCCAGUGGUGACUCGUUGAAGAGCGACGCAUCCAUGCACAUGCCACCUAAAUUCAGUGCUGAGAAACCAGAGAGUGACCUGCAGGGGGAGCAACUCAGCCGUUCAGUGGGCAGUGAGAAUUUGGAGGAUCCAGUUCUCUUAACCUGGGAUGAGUCAGAUUCUGUGGGCAAUUUUCUUUCAAAGAUAAAGCAUCUUUUUAAAGACGAAAUGAAAAAGAAAUUUACGACGACAUCUGAAGGUAACGGUGACCACUGGAGCUCCCUUGACAAAAUCUACACAGAACUUCACAUCAUACCUGGAGAGAGUGAAGAGCCACUUGGAGAACACGAGUUCAGUCAUCUUGAACGUAAACUGAAAGUAUCGAAAUCGUGUAAAAUCACCCUCAACAAUAUCUUCAGACCUUUGCAUGGGCAAGAAAAAGGCCAAACAGUAGUUCUGACGAAGGGCAACGCUGGCAUUGGAAAGUCUUUUUCUGUGCAGAAAUUCAUUCUUGAUUGGGCCAAGGGGGACGCUAACAAGGAUUUAGAUUUUGUCUUCUAUCUUCCUUUCCGAGAGAUCAAUUUGUGUACAGAUAUGAAAAGCUUGCACAUGCUCCUGACAGAGUUCCACCCUGCGCUCAACAAUUUAAAAAAUCCAGAGCAUUAUGCCAAAGCAAAGAUUGCAGUGAUCCUGGACGGUCUGGAUGAGAGCAGACUAGACUUGGAGUUUGAGAACAUAAAGAAGAUCACAUCUCUCAGUGAAGUAACACACCUAAAAGUUGUCCUUGCAAAUCUAAUCCAGAAAAACCUUCUUCCUGAGGCAAAUAUCUGGAUAACUUCCCGGGCAUCAGCAGCCAGUCAGAUCCCCACGAAGUAUGUCCACAUGGUAACAGAGAUUAGAGGCUUCAACGACGCACAAAAAAAGGAAUAUUUCAAGAAGAGAUUUAGUGCUAACUUGAGUCUUGCUGGUAGGAUCACUUCACACAUUGAGUCUUCACAUAGUCUCGACAUUAUGUGCCAGAUCCCGAUCUUCUGCUGGAUUUCUGCCAUUUUAUUUCAGGACGUUUUUGACGGAGACAAGAAUGUUGAAGUUCCUCAAACUCUAACAGAGAUGAUGGCACAUUACCUGUUUGUUCAGUCAAAACGCAGAAGCACGAAAUAUGACACAAUGGCUGCAAAGAAGGAAGUGAACUUUCUGGAGACUCAGAGAGAGUUUCUUUUGAAACUCGGCAAACUGGCAUUUGUUCAUCUGCAGAGGAACAGCCUGAUUUUCUACGAGGAAGACCUGGAAGACUGUGGCAUCGAUCUAGCAGAAGCAUCCAUCUAUUCUGGGUUUUGCACUACAGUUCUUCGGGAAGAAAAUGUUUUUUCUCAGAGAAAAGUUUUCUUCUUUGUUCAUCUGACCAUACAAGAGUUCUUUGCAGCAAUGUAUGUGUAUGACUUUCUCACCACCAAGAAAACAACGGAGCUCAAUACAACGGAGCUUGGCAAAUUUCUCCAACUGGAGGACAAAGACUACACUGUGCUCGAGCUUCUAAAACUCACAGUUGAGACUGUGUUGAAGAAGGGGAAAGGCCACCUGACGUACUUCUUGCAAUUCCUCCUUGGCCUCAUGGUUGAAGCCAAUCGGAGAGUCCUUCAGUAUCUUCUAAAAAGUCCAGACACAAGCCAAGAUGUCGAGAAGAAAAUCUUGACUUACCUCAAAUCCAUCCGGAGAAAGACUCUCUCUCCAGACAACAGCAUCACCCUCUUCAGGAUAAUGGUGGAGAUGAGAGACCAGAAAGUCAAAGAUGAGAUUCAGGAAUAUCUGAAGACAAAAGAUUUUGAAAUCAAGUUGACUCUCCUGCAUUGCUCUGCACUGGCCUUCAUGCUGCAGGUAUCCAAGAGUGAUCUGGACAUACUGGAUUUAAAGAGUUACAACACAUCAGAGGAGGGCAGAAGGAGGCUGAUACCGGCAAUGAGGAGCAGCAAAAAGGCCAUACUAGCGGACUGCGACGUGACGACAGAAUGGGUUGAACACAUGGUCUUUAGUCUCAAGUUUCCCAGCUCACCACUAAGAGCUCUGGACUUGAGCAACAAUGACCUGCAUGAUUUAGGAGUAGAGCAACUCUGCCAAGGACUGUCCAGUCACUGCUGUCGAUUGAAGAUACUGAGGUUAUCAGGUUGUCUCGUCACAGAGAACGGCUGUUCUUUUCUGGCCUCGGCUCUGACUUCCAACCCUUCUCAUCUGAGUGAACUGGACCUGAGCUACAAUCAUCCAGGAGACUCAGGGAUCAAUCUUCUCAUUGAGCUGAAGAACGACCCACAGUUCCAGCUCAGCAAGCUCAAUGUUGACCAUUGUGGAAGUCUGCAGAUGCAACCAGGAUUCAAGAAAUAUGCCUGUGAACUCAGUUUGGACCCUCAAACAGCUCAUAAGAACCUCCUGCUUUCCAAAAGCAACAGACAGGUGACCUGGGUGACAGAGGAGCAGUCAUAUCCUGAUUAUCCAGAGAGGUUUGAUCAGUUUCCGCAGGUGCUGUGUCUGCAGGGUCUGAAUGGACGCUACUACUGGGAGGUCCAAGUGUCAGAGCCCUUCAACGUUGGAGUAACGUACACAACCAUUGGGAGGAAGGGAGACAUGGACGACUGCAAGCUGGGCUUGAGCGAAAAUUCUUGGAGUCUGAGUUGUUCCAGUAAUGGUUGUUUUAUUCUGCACUCCAACACAAAAAUCAGUGUCGCCUCCCUGUGCCAGCGCUCCACUCGGGUGGGGGUGUAUCUGGAUUGGUCGACUGGAACUCUGUCCUUCUACAGAGUCACCUCCGACAAACGGGUUCACCUCCACACCUUCAGGGAAACGUUCACUGAGCCACUCUAUCCUGCAGUGGAGCUUUCAGCCGCCCAAUCUUCUGCAUUUUUUUGUAAACUACAGUAAUCUCACUUCCAGUAUGUU